GUUCCCUUCUGCCCUUCUUUCAUGGUACAACAACUAAGUCUCAAGGAUCCAGGUUUGACGGAGAAUCUCCGAAGCACUCAGAAGUCAUGGGCUAAGCAGCCUUAACAGCACAUGGUAUCUUGGAACGACGGCAUCAACAUUUGAUGAACCAGUGCUACAGAUCAUUAAGCCCAAAGGUCAUCACGAGACUCCCAUAUGCCCAUUCUAUGUGGGACCUUGUCCAGACUAAAAACCACCCCCACGCGGUAAAGCUUGACUGCUAGUGAGUCAAUCAAUCAAUCACUCGUCACUGGUACAUCGCAAAGCGCGGCACCGUCUUAGCCUCAGCGAUCGCCUUGGAACCGGAGAUCUAGAAAACUCCAUCACUCCACUUUGUGAUCCGGCCGCAUGGAAUACAGCGCUGUAACUACCGAUCGAUUCACAUUGUCAACACGCAGGACCCUCAAAUCAUGUGGAUAAAGUAUCACUUUGGCUGAUGGCUAUGGUUUCAAGCCAGAGAUUUGUUAGGCUCAUAAUCGUCUCGAAACAUCUCAAUGUCCUCUGCUAUUGGGUUGCGAUGAAUGCUAGUUCGUGGAGUGCCGUUCCAGGAACCUGGCUUUCCAUUUCUGGCUCACCGAAUAGGCUGUUCAGACCCAACAGAUGCAGACUCAAGGAUGAAAGGCUACUGCAACUUGCCAGAAGGAUCACCGACGAUGGCGUCUCGGUCGAGAACGGGAUACGUCGUACUCCGUCGUUGUUGAAUCUAUUGGCCGAUGGUCGUGCAUGUUGUCGUAAUUCCAGCCUCACGAGGAGCAAUCGAUCAGACUCGAUGGGAAGAGACUCGACACGGUGUUGUGUGUUACUAGUUCAUGCAUGAGGCAAAAUGUCAUGUCUUGUGCGACGACAUGGGCGAUCCCUCCAGCUGGAACUCAGGGAGUGUUGAGCAAGACGUUUGUAAAAGAAAUUCGUGUCACCAUGUGUAUAUUGAACCGGAUUGUUCACAGAUAGGGCACCUCCAGGUGUAGGGAUCUUCCCCGGACUCCAGAUCAUAGCCUGCAGGUUACCUAUCUACUCCGCAAUCCAUUACGUUGAUCUUGAUAUUUCCAUGAGUGAAUGGAACUCAGCGUCUGCAUGUAUCACGGCCAAUAAAGAGUCCCUGAGAUAAGGUCUAAGAGUUUGGACAAGGAGAUGGCUAAUCAGGGCCGCUUACAUAGGGGAGGGACCUGCAUACCUGAGGAAAUAGUUGCAGGCGGAGG